CAGUCUAAAAACAUCAGGCACAAACCCAUACAUGUCAACUGGAAGUAGUCUCGUUUUUUGAAUCAUCUCAGUGUGUCAGUCAGUGUUGUCUCUUCAAAAGAUAAACUAAGGAGGUUUCAAAAAUAUGGCGCUUUUAAUCAAAAUUGCCCAAUUAGAGACGAGAAUGUCAGCCAGAGCCUAUGGAUCUUCUGCUCCGGCUGUAAAAAUGUUUAUCGAUGGACAAUUCGUUGAUUCAAAAAGCACAGAAUUUACAGACGUUCACGAUCCCGCCACAAAUGAAUUAAUUUCCCGAACACCAAAAUGCACGAAAGAAGAAAUGGAAAGUGCAGUUGAAAGUGCAAAAAAUGCCUAUCACAAAUGGAAAAAUACCAGCGUUCUUACGAGGCAAACUUUAAUGCUCAAAUAUCAAGCACUAAUUCGAGAGCAUUCGAAAGAAAUUGCUGCAAAUUUGGUGAGAGAAAAUGGUAAAACAAUGGCCGACGCUGAAGGAGAUGUUUUAAGAGGACUCCAGGUUGUAGAUGCGUGUACAGCAAUUCCAUCCCUUCUCUUGGGUGAAUCAAUGCAAAAUAUUGCAACUGAUAUGGAUACAAUUUCAUAUAAAGUUCCAUUAGGUGUGACAGCAUCAAUUUGUCCAUUCAAUUUUCCAGCAAUGAUUCCACUUUGGUCGUUUCCAAUUACAAUUGCUUGUGGUAAUGCAGCAAUUUUAAAACCAUCCGAAAGAGUACCAGGAGCGUCAAUGAUAUUGGCGGAUCUUUUCAACAAGGCCGGAGCACCAGCAGGACUUUUAAAUAUUAUUCAUGGACAACAUCAAUCGGUUGAUUUUAUUUGUCAACAUCCGGAUAUUAAAGCCGUCUCCUUUGUUGGCUCUGAUCAAGCAGGAGAGUAUAUUUAUAAGCAAGCGAACGCUCAUGGAAAACGAGUCCAAUGUAAUAUGGGAGCAAAAAAUCAUUGUGUAGUGAUGCCGGAUGCUAAUAAAAAUAAGACAAUAUCACAAAUCGCAGGUGCAGCAUUUGGUGCUGCUGGCCAACGUUGUAUGGCACUAUCCGUUGCAAUUUUUGUUGGCAAGUCAGAAGAAUGGAUAUCGGAAUUGGUUGAUGCUGCAAAAAGAUUAAAGGUAAACGCAGGUCACAUUCCGGGUGCGGAUCUUGGUCCAGUUAUUUCGCCACAAUCCAAAAAGAGAAUAUGCGAACUCGUGGAAUCUGGAGUUAAAGAAGGUGCAGGUCUACCACUCGAUGGUAGAAAUAUUGUUGUGUCGGGCUUUGAAAAUGGAAAUUUCGUUGGACCCACUGUUCUCACAAAUGUUAAGGCUUCUAUGCGUUGUUACACUGAAGAAAUAUUUGGACCAGUUUUGGUUUGCAUGAAUGCAAAUACUUUGGAUGAGGCAAUUAAUAUUAUUAAUGCAAGUAAAUAUGGAAAUGGAACGGCAAUUUUCACGACGAACGGUGCCACAGCGAGAUCAUACGUUAAUAGAAUUGAAGCUGGUCAAGUUGGUGUUAAUGUUCCUAUCCCUGUGCCAUUGCCUAUGUUUAGUUUCACUGGAAAUAAAGGUUCUUUCCUUGGUGACAAUCACUUCUAUGGAAAAUAUGGUGUCAAUUUUCAUACUCAAACGAAAACUAUUACACAAUUAUGGAGAAGUGGAGAUGCAACUGACAUUACCUCAUCAACUGCAAUGCCUACAAUGCAAUAGUAUAAUUUUAAUUAAAAAAAAGAAGGAAAAAAAACCGAAGAGAAUGAAAAAUAGCUUUUUAAACAAAUUUCUGGUUAGGUUACAAUUAACAUUACAUUCUAGUUAAGCUAACCAGAAUUCUGGUUAAAUUAACUAGAAUUCUAGUUGAAAUAACCAAAAUUCUGAUUAUUCCAACCAGAAUUUUUUUCCAGUAUACUUUACGUUUAACGGCUAUAUUAUACAAAAAAAAGUCAACGAAUUUAGUAUUACAAUCGUUAUGCAUAAAUAGUUAUAUUUUUUCUUUCAAAGAUAAAGGAGACAAUAAUUUUUCAAUAGAGAAUAUAUAAGAAAGUUAGCGUAUGAUAGUUGAUUUAUUUUUUUACAUUAUUUAUGAAAAUAAAAAUUUACUGCUUUUUUUUUGUUAUUAUUUAUUACUUUGUUUAUAUUUAUGAUAAUAUUUUGAUUUCCAUUUGAAUAUACAAGUAAAUUUUCUUAUAUAUUUUUUCAUUAAAAAAAAAAAAAAAAUUAUUGAUUCUUUCAUAUUGAAAAGCAGAAAACCAGAACUGCGCUAAAAAUAUAAAUUCACACGAAAUCUGCGAAGAAACAAAUUUACAACGAUGACUAUUUAUAAAUUUUUAAAUAUAUUCACAUCAAGAAAUUAACAAAUUAUCUACAUUCACAAAUUAUGAAACAAAAGUUGAUUAAGCAUUUUUCUUUCAUGAAAAUGUACACUCAUCAUGCAAUGUCUUCCAUUAUUUAUAACAGUGGCAAAUGUGGCAAAAUGCCACAUUAAAACAAUUUAUAUUUGAGUCUAGUAAUGAACAAUAACUAAAAAAACAAGUUAAUGUUUUUUAAUUAAAAUCUAUUAUAAAAUACAAAAAUUGAAAAAAUAAUGCAAAUCUUUUUCAAAAAUGUCAAAAGUAUUUUUUAAAAUUAAAUUAGAAUUAAUUUGACAUAUAUUAAUAAGUGUUCUUUAAUUAAUUACAAAUUUUGAAUUUAUAUAUAAAUAUAAUUUAUUAUUAGACUCAAAAUUUCUUGUUGAAAAAAAAAAUCACAGUACAAAGAUAAAGAGAAUUACAGAUACAAAAUGUUUUUUAUAUACAAAAUAAUAUACAAUUUUAAAAGGCUG